AUGUGGACGUACACCGUUGGAUUUACUGUCCUGCCUCACGUUGGAGGACUCGUCGGCUGGAUCUUCAGUCACAAAGACAUGCCCGUGUGGUACGAGAGGCUGAAGAAACCUUCCUGGUGUCCAUCCCGCAAAAUGUUCCCUGUUGCUUGGACUGUCCUGUACACUGGCAUGGGCUAUGCCUCGUAUCUGAUCUGGAAUGACCUGGGGGGCUGCAACAGCAAAGCCAUCAUCCCGCUUGGCCUCUACGGGGCUCAGCUGGCCUUGAACUGGGCUUGGCCUCCGCUCUUCUUCGGAAUACAUAACUUAAAGAUGGCCCUGAUUGACAUUCUGUGCUUAGACGGCCUGGUGAUAGGCACGAUGUGCUCGUGGUACCGCAUUAACAAGACCGCAACGCUGCUCAUGGUGCCCUACCUGGGCUGGCUGGCCAUGGCCACGUGUCUCACCAUCCGCAUCUGGAAGGACAACCCUGAGCCAAGGCCGGCAAAGACUGAAUAA